AUGUGUACAAGGCCAUUAGAGAGGUAUUUUGGAGGUGGGGGUAGUAGAGAUAAGUUACUGUGGCAUGUCGACUUGAAACCUUAUGCUUCUGGAGAUUAUUCAAUGGCUGCGGUGCAAGCUAACUCCUUGCUUGAGGAUCAGGGACAGGUGUUCACUUCUCCUUCUGCUACAUAUGUUGGUGUUUAUGAUGGUCAUGGUGGCCCUGAGGCUUCUCGCUUUCUCACUCAUCAUUUGUUCCCUUUUCUCCACAAGUUUGCAACAGAACAAGGAGGACUGUCAGCAGAUGCGAUAAGGAAGGCAUUUGAUGCAACAGAAGAAGAAUUCUUACAUUUUGUGAAGCAAUCAUGGACUGCUCGGCCUCAGAUGGCCUCUGUGGGUUCUUGCUGCCUUGUUGGGGCAAUAUCAAAUGAUGUUUUAUAUGUGGCAAAUCUCGGGGACUCAAGAGUAGUGCUCGGUAGAAAAGUGUCUGAAGGCAACGAAAAUAGUGCAGUGGUGGCAGAAAGGUUAACUACUGAUCAUAAUGUCGGGGUUGAGGAAGUGAGGAAGGAGGUGGAGGCACUUCAUCCUGACGAUGCACAUAUUGUGGUUUAUACUCACGGAGUUUGGCGGAUAAAGGGCAUAAUUCAGGUUUCAAGAUCAAUAGGAGACGUCUAUUUAAAGAAACCUGAGUUCAAUAGGAAUCCUCAUUUUCAUCAAUUUGGAUUUCCUGUUCCUUUAACACGGCCCGUAAUGACGGCAGAACCUUCAAUAUUGACAAGAAAGUUAAAGCCACAAGACUUGUUCUUGAUCUUUGCAUCAGAUGGUCUCUGGGAGCAAAUGAGUGAUGAAACAGCUGUCGAUAUAGUUCUGAGAAACCCCCGACUUGGAAUAGCAAAGCGGCUGGUGAGAGCUGCCAUGCGGGAGGCUGCAAGGAAAAGAGAAACGAGAUAUGGUGACAUAAAAAAAAUUGAAAGAGGGAGGAGACGCCAUUUCCACGAUGAUAUCACUGUCAUUGUGGUGUAUCUAGAUCAUCCACUAGGUUUUUCAAAAGGCAGAUUGGCUCACACUCUUGUUGACUGCACAAGCUCCCCUGUUGAUAUCUUCUCAUCGAACGCAGAUGAAGCCCAAGACUAG